AUCGAAAAAUACUACGAGAAAAUAUGGGGAAGAAUGUAAAAUGAAAUAAUAAGUGCUGCCCAACUUCUGAAAAAUCUGGACUCGCAUAUUGCUCACCUAUAAAUUAUAAUGUAAAUUAACGGCUUCGUUUAGAAAGGUGCUCAGUUCAUAUAUCAAUAUUAAUUGCAACAUUAAAAGGACUUUUAUAUACAUAUAUCAAUUUGUUUUUAAGUACAGAAGUUAAUAUAAUAUUAGAACGCUGUUUUGCGGCUUCAACAAAAAUUCCAAUUUUCGAUCCUGAAAGUAAUAGUGUUUUCUCGUUCACACUUGUGCAUUUGCUACGACACUGGUGAGGCACAACGUGGCAACUUUUCGUAGUUUCAUACUUUGUAAUAUUCUUCUGAUUGUUUGACAGUACUUACACUCUUCUUACAUAUAUUUAGUAAGGAAGGAAGACAAUGUUAGCUAAUAUGUUGAUGCAUAUACUCGUUUCGCAUUACUUUCUGUAUGUAAGGUGAAAAACUAUUUGUAGUGUGCUAAUAAUUUUAUACGUCAAAUAGCGUACUUUAAAUUGGUGUGUUCGUGUGUUUUAUUGCUCUGUGAUUUUCGCUGACAUUUCCAUACAGAAAUUAAUAAAAUUUCUGUAAUUAAGUGCGUGAACUCAUCUCAAUUAAUUGCCGACUUAUUUGAUAUCUGCAGCUUUAAAGUGCAGGCUCGGAUCGACCUUAUACGUACCGUUCAAUUCCAAUUAAGUAGUAACAUUAUUCUCAUAGUUUGCAGUGUAAAAUUUGCAACAUAAUACAAAGUACAAUAGUAUAAAGGAAAGAAGAACAACAAUUGAAAAACUUGUAUCAAAAUGGGGAACGUUUUUGGAAAUCUUUUUAAAGGCCUUUUCGGCAAAAAGGAAAUGAGAAUAUUGAUGGUCGGAUUAGAUGCCGCUGGUAAAACCACAAUUUUGUACAAACUCAAAUUAGGCGAAAUCGUUACAACGAUACCUACCAUUGGUUUCAACGUCGAGACUGUAGAAUACAAGAAUAUUAGCUUUACGGUAUGGGAUGUGGGCGGUCAAGAUAAAAUCCGUCCACUGUGGAGGCAUUACUUCCAAAAUACACAAGGUCUUAUAUUCGUCGUUGAUAGCAACGAUAGAGAACGUAUCGGUGAAGCGAGAGAGGAAUUGAUGCGCAUGUUGGCUGAAGACGAGCUAAGAGAUGCUGUUUUAUUAAUAUUCGCUAACAAACAGGAUCUGCCCAAUGCAAUGAAUGCAGCCGAAAUCACCGACAAGCUCGGUUUGCACUCACUCAGAAAUCGUAAUUGGUAUAUUCAGGCGACGUGUGCAACCAGCGGCGAUGGUCUCUAUGAGGGUCUGGAUUGGUUGUCUAACCAACUUAAGAAUGCUAAUCGCUAGAUACACACUUAUAAAUAUAUAUUAAUAAAAAACACCUUUUUGAUUUAAACAUAAAGUUAAUGAAAAUUUGAAUAAAUACAAACAAAAAGCGAAAAAGAAAGCAAGAAAAUCAACUAAAAACGAUUUCCUACUGAUCCUUCUUCUCCUCUUAUCCUAACUUCAACAAAAUCAAGCGAAAUGCUACGAUUACCAUUUAGCAGCCGUUGAAAGAAUGAAAGUACUAAUACCGGAAGAAGAAGAUCAUAGCGUACAGAGUAUCAGAAAAAAAAGAAAUUUAAUACCGCUAUUUAAUGAAACUAUCAAUUUCAAAACGAUUCUCCUAUAUAUGUAUGUAUAUGAAUGUUAAUGGCAACAAUAACAAUGUAUAUCGAAAUGAUAAGAUGAGUUGUGAAAGAAGGGAAGAAAUAUCAAAAAGGAUUACAAAUAUGGCAUCCACUUCUAAGUAUAAUUUUAGUAUUUCCUAUUUUUAUUUUAUUAAUUGUAAUUUCUAUGAUUAUAUUUAAUUGAUACAAUUACAACAAAAUAUAAACAAAGGCGAAACACAUACACACACAACACAAACUCUUUAUAUACAAAAACAACUAAAAAUAAUAACUAAAAAUAAUAAAAAUUGUAACAAAAAUGGAAAGACCGAAAAAUAGAUAAGACAUUCGACAAUUUUGAGAAGGAUUAAUAAAAGACGAUUAAUUCGGUCUUUGCUCUACUCCCAUUCUUCUGGUUAAAGACAAGUGGAUAUUAUAAAUUAUUAUCUAAAUACUAAUAAUGAUGCGUAAAUAAAAAGGAAACAAUUAAAGAA